CGCGAGGCUGCGCGCGGACCUAGCUCACAGCUAAGCAGACCUCGAGGGAACCUUCCCUUAGACACUCCCAAAGAAAAGGGAGUCUCUGAUGCAAAGCCUCUCAGCAACACAUCUUAUCACCUCCACCCCAACACCGGACUAACAGCUCCAGCACAAGGUUGCAACUAACAAAGAGGCAUCGGACCUAGUAGUUCAGAUCCUGUUAAUAGUCGAGAGAAACACCAAAUUGAUCAUGAUUGAAGACAAUAAGGAAAACAAGGACCAUUCCUUUGAAAGGGGAAGAGCAACCCUUAUUUUUUCCUUAAAAAAUGAAGUUGGAGGACUUAUAAAAGCAUUGAAAAUCUUCCAGGAGAAGCAUGUGAACCUGUUACACAUCGAGUCCCGAAAAUCAAAGAGAAGAAGCUCAGAAUUUGAGAUUUUUGUUGACUGUGAUAUCAGUAGAGAACAACUGAAUGAUAUUUUUCAUCUGUUGAAGUCUCAUUCUAAUAUUCUCUCUGUGAAUCUACCAGAUAAUUUUACUGUGAAGGAAGACGGUAUGGAAACUGUUCCUUGGUUUCCAAAGAAGAUUUCUGAUCUGGACCAUUGUGCCAACAGAGUUCUGAUGUAUGGAUCUGAACUGGAUGCUGACCAUCCUGGCUUCAAAGACAACGUCUACCGUAAAAGACGAAAGUAUUUUGCAGAUUUGGCUAUGAACUAUAAACAUGGAGACCCCAUUCCUAGGGUUGAAUUCACUGAAGAAGAGAUUAAGACCUGGGGAACUGUGUUCCGAGAACUCAACAAACUUUACCCAACCCACGCCUGCAGAGAGUAUCUCAAAAACUUACCUUUGCUUUCUAAAUACUGUGGAUACCGGGAAGAUAAUAUUCCACAAUUGGAAGAUGUCUCAAACUUUUUGAAAGAACGCACAGGUUUUUCCAUCCGUCCUGUGGCUGGUUACUUAUCACCAAGGGAUUUCUUAUCAGGUUUAGCCUUUCGUGUUUUUCACUGCACACAAUAUGUGAGACACAGUUCAGAUCCUCUCUACACUCCAGAACCAGAUACCUGCCAUGAACUCUUAGGUCAUGUCCCCCUUUUGGCUGAACCUAGUUUUGCUCAGUUCUCCCAAGAAAUUGGCCUGGCUUCUCUCGGAGCUUCAGAAGAGGCUGUUCAAAAACUGGCAACGUGCUACUUCUUCACUGUGGAGUUUGGUCUGUGCAAACAAGAGGGGCAGCUAAGAGUCUUUGGUGCCGGCUUACUUUCUUCCAUCAGUGAACUCAAACACGCUCUUUCCGGACACGCCAAAGUAAAGCCCUUUGACCCCAAGAUUACAUGCAAACAGGAGUGUCUCAUCACAACUUUUCAGGAUGUUUACUUUGUAUCUGAAAGCUUUGAAGAUGCAAAGGAGAAGAUGAGAGAAUUUACCAAAACAAUCAAGCGUCCAUUUGGAGUGAAGUAUAAUCCGUAUACACGGAGUAUUCAGAUCUUGAAAGAUACCAGGAGUAUAACCAGCGCCAUGAACGAGCUUCAGCAUGAGCUUGAUGUUGUCAGUGAUGCCCUUGCUAAGGUCAGCAGGCAGCUGAGCAUCUGACAGUUACCGGUCCUAAUCCCGAAAGCAUCUGAGCACCAAUUCGGAGGCCUGUGGGCCAACUGUGGCUUUGCUUGAAGAGCUGAUUGUGGAGGGAUAGCAGCCAAACAACAUUCUCUACUCCCAUUCUUUAAGGGACCAUUACUCUUUGAAAACGUGUACCCAGAUACCCCGAGCACACAUCUAGAUAUUUUAGCCACUACUUAUUUUUUUCUUUUGGUAACAGCUUUUGGAAGUAUAAUUCACAUACUAUACAAUUCACUGACCAUCCCAGUUUUUAUAGAGAAUUUGCUUGACCCAAUGGAUAGAUCUGUUCUUAGCUUGAUUUUAUUUUCCCCAGUUCUUCUUGAGUAAAAUGAUGAUCACUUAAAAUACCUUGAUGGUUAUUAUGGAGCUAAUCCAUAUGUUAUCUAAGAUCCUCUUAUUUCUACAGUAUCUUACUUAUCAUCAAAUUUGGGCCAAGCUUAGUCGCAUUCACAUGCCUCAAUUUAAUAGGAAACCAACUCUCCACUGCUAGCCUGAGCAAAAGCAGAGAGAACUUUGCAUAUGAAAUAUGCCUAAUAAAGAGUAGAUAGUCUAAUUUUAAGUGUAAUGUCUUAUAGGGAAAUAGGAGUAUCUAAAUCUAGAAAGGCUGAUUGGGAUAUAAUCAUUAGGAAUAUGUGACUUUAUUUUGUAGGCACUAGGGAGCCCCUGCUGAGUGCCCAUCCUCCUUGGGGAUGGCCUUUUCUUUCUAUGGCGCUGUGUAUGUUUUACACGAUCUGCCCUACUGAGGAGGCCAAAGGGAACUUAGUGGGAAUGCCACUUGCAAGGACCUGAACUCAGACAUGCAGCCCCAGAGAAUGUCCUCAGGUUAGCACGAUACAGUGUUGUUAGAGGGAGAGUUAAAACUGAGACAGAGGAGAGACAUACCAAGUUAAAGUUGGAAAGCAGUGCCAAGCACUUUAUCUCCAAGGUGUAAGGGGAGACCAUAAAUAGGAAGGCCAGGCCUGAGGGCAUAGGGCGGGGAAAUGGGGAAGAAGAUGGUGUAAGAAACGCCAGGAAGGGCAUUUUAGGCCUGACGCUGAAACUGACGGUAGCUAGCACCGGCUUCUAUGUGGUGUCAGCGGUGUAGCACAAGGAGCAGGCCUGGUAUUGACGGGUGACUCUGGAGUCCACAGGACAGGCUUUUAUUUCUUCAGUUUGCUCCCUUUCUCCCCCUACCCACUAAAAGAAGACUUUCCUCAAGUUUCUGCUUUUGGCCCUCUUUUCUCUCUGCUUUCUGUUCAUGGAGAUGUCAUCCGUGUCCAUAACUUCAAUUCUUAUUCCAUACAUCUCCCAUAUUUGCAAUUCUAACUCUUAACACCUGUCUUGAGUUUUUGCCUUUUAAAUCCAACUGCCUACUAGAUGUUGCCAUCUAAUGCCCCAUAAAUUAGGCCAAUGUUGUGUAACUUCUUGUCACACUAUUUACAUAGAAUGAAAUGGGGUUGUGCAAAAUGGCAGCCCUGCCAAGAAUUUUAAACUCUAUAGGUCCAAAAAGGAACUCAGAAUCACCUGAGUAUCGUGCUCCAUCAGUUUCCUCUCCCACUGAUCUCAUUUCUAGUAAUGGUGAAUGAAACUGAAACUGUUAGUCACUCAGUCAUGUUUGACUCUUUGUGAUGCCAUGGACUGUAGACCACCAGACUUCUCUG